AGGAUUUUAAAGUAGUAGAUGCAAGAUUUUAUAUAAGAAAUGAUCAGGGUCAUUCAAUUUAGAAAUUUGACCGUUAAUUCAGGUCAGCAGUGAGAUGGUAAAACGUAAUAAUUCAGACAUGUUACAAAAUUCUAUAAAAAAAACCUGUCAAUUUGCUAGAUAAUUCAAUUAGGUUUCAGGUGAAUUUCCCGUUAGGUUUUAGUCAAUUCUAUUGAAUUUUUACAUAGCGUUGUUCAAUAACUAAUUGCAAAUUGCCUAAAAAUACAAUAUAAUUGUCUAGCGAAUUGAGAGAGUGAGAGAACAAAAUAUUUCUUGAUAUUUUGUCUAAAAUGAUUCACUUUGAAGGUAACGCACUUAUCAAAGGACGUACAAAAGUUGUAAAUUGUUAUUUCGAGCCUGAGUUUUACCAGUUCACUUCCAAGUUGUUAUUACGAAACUACCAAUUGUUCAUUUGUCUCCGAGAAUUUUGACUCACGAGACAGAUAAACUAGCGUAAAAUUAUCAAAUUAGGAAAAUUAGCAUGACAAGGACCACAAUUCCAUGAUGACAAUAGUAUUAUUACUGUAUCUGGAAGUACUGUAGUCGCGAGACGACAAGAGAGAUGGAUGGGUUUCAUAUUUACUAAAGUUUUUGAUCAAUUCGAGGAAUUAUUGGAUGACAAAAUUCGGGCUGGAUGCUUUUUCAUUGUCACAGUGAUUUUGCAUCGAUAUCAGCUCAAAGUCCAGACCAAGUAACGGUCAGAAUACGGGAAUUUACAUCUGGCUUGGCUCGAAUAUGAUAUUCAUUAUACCUCUCUGUGAGCUACACUACUAAACAUUCUCAAGACAUAUUUUCAUAUUGUGUAUUAUUCAUAUGUGCACUUCCAAAGACGUCAGAGGAGAAUUUCACGUAUUACUUACUUUACUCGAGGUGAAAAAUGAUGCGGAAAACGUACAUAAGAAUUGAAUAGAUCUACGCGAUUUCUGUACUUAUGUAAUUUUUGAUUCUUUUUUUUCCAUUUGGAAUAAGAUAUUUUUUGACUACUGUACGAAUAAAUUGUUUUAUCUUCAUUGAAUGAAACCGAAUGUUCCAUAUGUUUAUUUCAAUGAAUAUAAAAUUAAGGAAUAAAGUUUCCGAGGAUUUUUGGUUGCACGGUUCAUAAACAAAAUAUUAAAAUAAUAAACAAUUGGCCGGCCAAUUUAAAAACGAACAUUAGAUUUCUAGGAAUUAGCAAUUAUCUCUGUAUUUAUAGCACAUGAAACAAUUUUCGUUGAACGCGUUUUUGCUGCUCUUAAUAUUUUCUAUAUUUACUAUUUUAUCAUUUAAUGUUUUUACAUUGUUCUACAGUUUUUAUGACAAUUUCGGUAUUUUUCUUCGAUUAGAAGACAUUCGUCGAGGACUUACAUAAGAGCUCAUUUUCUUUAGCUCAUGGUGUUUAAGACAAAAUUAAAAUUACUUUCAAAAUUGGAUAUUAAGAAGAAAAUCAUCAAUCCUUCAUCGAUUGUUUAUUCAUCGGGUGGCCUUUAAUCCAAUAUGGCGGUUGCUUGUGAAAAUGCAGCGACUUUGCCGUCACUCGGCGACUCUGAGUCCGAGCUGAAAGUUGCAUCUGAACAGCUGACUCAUUAAAUCAAUCGUGAAUAAAAAUAUUGGAGUCAAAAUUCCUGUUGAUGUUGACAAAAACAACGAAAUUGGGUGGUAUUAAUAUUCGUGAUUUUCCGUGGGUUGAAAUUGUUCUUUAUCCACCUGGCAAUAUCACGCAAUAGAUUAAUGCGAGGAACAUCGGGAGUUAGAUCGUCUCUAAUCAGGAAUUUGGAGAGAAAUUAAUAACUUAACAAUGUUGAACGUUGAGGACGUGAUAAUGGAGGAGAAAAUUGAAUCACUGAGCCCAGGAAUCGAUGAGUUGGGUCUCAGACACCGUAUCCCAUGGAGCGAUCGUGUUUCCUUGAACAGUGACAUACCAGGUUUUCAUGAGGUUAAAGAGUUACUGGAAGAUGAUGAUGCCAGCUGCUUGGCUGAGGAGGAGGAUGGCGUUGGGUGUCCUCUUCCAUCCACCCCCGAGGACGAUCAUCUCCUCGAUUGUGAAAUGACAGAAGUUCUGAAAGCAGGAGUACUCAGCGAUGAAAUUGAUCUUGGAGCUCUAGCUCAUAAUGCUGCAGAACAAGCUGAAGAAUUUGUUCGAAAGUACUGGUUACAGGUAUGGGAAGCGUCGUGGAAGCAGUGUCAUUUUCGUAAUUUACCGAGGUGGCUGCAAGACAAUGAUUUUCUACAUGCUGGACAUCGUCCACCAUUGCCGUCCUUCUACGCUUGUUUCAAAAGUAUCUUCCGUAUUCACACAGAGACUGGCAACAUCUGGACUCAUUUAUUGGGUUGUGUAGCUUUCAUAGGAAUAGCCAUAUUCUUCCUAACACGACCGCCCAUGGAGAUUCAAUUCGAGGAGAAGCUUGUAUUUGCAACAUUUUUUGCUGGUGCAAUAAUAUGCCUUGGCAUGUCCUUCGCCUUUCACACUGUUCACUGUCACAGUGAGUGUGUUGGAAAAUUAUUUUCAAAGCUCGAUUACUGCGGUAUUGCUAUGCUCAUAAUGGGUAGCUUCGUACCCUGGUUGUAUUACGGUUUCUACUGCGAUUAUCAACCCAAACUCAUUUACUUGUCUGUUGUCGUGGCACUUGGUAUUACGAGCAUUGUUGUAUCACUCUGGGAGAGAUUUGGCGAGCCCAGUUAUCGACCAUUAAGAGCUGGUGUCUUCAUGGGCUUUGGCCUCAGUGGGGUGAUACCAGCAGUACACUAUGCUAUUGCUGAGGGCUGGUUCAAGGCAAUCAGUCAAGCCUCUCUCGGUUGGCUCAUCCUCAUGGGCUGUCUCUAUGUGUUAGGAGCCUUGUUCUAUGCACUUAGAGUUCCAGAACGAUUUUUCCCCGGAAAAUUUGAUAUUUGGUUCCAGAGUCACCAAAUAUUCCAUGUGCUAGUGAUAGCCGCUGCCUUCGUCCAUUACCACGGAAUAACCGAAAUGGCAAUGUACAGAAUGACUAUUGGUGAUUGUGCCAAUCCAGCACAGGUUUUAGCCUUUUAAUUGUUGCGUCAUUCGUUUAUUCGAGUGUUAUGGAAUCUUGUAUCAAGGUGUCUCUUCAAUACUCAAGAUUUAUCCACAAAUUUAUGAUUUUUUUUCACCUUAUUUCGCCAAGAGGGAUUAUCACCAAUGAUAUUUAGACUGUUUCGUAAAAAUUUUAGUUCUCAGUUGAGUUUAUCACAGGGAGUUUGGGUAAUAAGGGGGCAUUGAAAGGUUGCAACAGUAUAAUUUAUCGCGAUUGAAACCGUAAAAUUACAUCAAGGUCAGCGAGUUUGCGAACUUAAUAAUUUAAUUGAGGGGAAAAUAGUUUUAGUAGGCAUUCAAUUGAUUUUUUUUUCAUUCGAAGCUUCAGGAAAAUUUAGAUCAAUUAUCGUGAGGAUCGUUUAGUACCACUCUGGUCUUGAGGGUAAUUGUAAAAACUAAUUCGAUUGAGUGGAUUUAAUUUGGGCUCCAAGAGAAUUGGUAAUACAUAUUUUUACAAGUUUCGUCAAUUUUAUUGAGAAUUAAUUAUUAACAGAUCUAGUUAUUUUGGGGAAGUUGUAAUAAUUAGGUUUGUUCUUUUACCUGCGAAAAUCAUUCAAGACAGAUGAAAUUCUUUAGCCAUUCAUUAUUCAUCAGGGGGGAGGGAGGAUCGAUUUAUCACUCGAGGAAAUUAAUUUCCCCAGAGACGUCUCAAUUCACUGAAUCAAUAGUUUUUUUUUCUUUUUUAGACUUAAUUGAUAUGAUUCAUUUAUUGCAAGUAAAUUUUCGUUUCCAAAAAAAUGGAGUAAUGAGUGACUAAAAUGAAAAAAAUGUGAUAAAUGAUAAAAAAAAUACAUCGACAAUUUUCUACAAUGUGUCCUCAGGUGUUUAUCUUCCAAAUGGAGUGAAUUGUGUUUUCAUUGGGAAGUUCUGCCCAUAAAUCGUGUAAAAAAAUUACAGAUUGAAGAGAGUAUUAUUUUCUUUUAUUCGGGCGCUGAUUGCACUACUCAGAGAAAGAUGCGAUUGAAUGUUUUUCCAAUCUAGAUGAGGGGAGGAGUUAUAUAAGAUCAUGAGAACUACUCAGGAACGAGAGGGUAGUUAGGAUCAUUCGAAUUAAAGAAUUAAUUUUUUUUUCAGGCCAAAUAUUUAUCUCUGUAUCUAUCUUUGGAAUUAAUCAACAUAUGACUUUUAUUUCUCGAUCAAUGCAAUUCAAUAGGAAUGUUAAUCACUACAGUGAAACCUCACCUACAAAUGAUCUUUACAAAUUUUUGAUUAUUCAUGGUAAAAGGAGUAAUGUGAUGCUGUACAUUGUUAGCAUUUAUAUCCAAUUGAAAUCUUUAAAUAAAUAAAUGUGUAAUUAUUUUUGAAAAUUA